AUGGCGGCGAUGAAAUACAAAGGAAGCGUUUUUAUCAUCAUCAUCCUUCUUCUUUCUUCGUCACAGCUUUCUCACUCUUCUUCAACGAAAUCCUUCUUUUGGUUAGGAGAAACACAAGAUAUGAAACCCAUGAAAAAGGAGAAGGAGAUUGUUGGAGAAAGCUAUGAAAGAUCAGCUAAUGAAGUUGAAGGAAGACAAGUUCCAACUGGAUCCGACCCACUUCAUCAUAACCAAAUUCCAUUUAUUUCUUCUACUUCUCCAUAG